GUUCAUGUCCUACAGAUACAGCUCAUGUCCUACAGAUACAGCCCAUGUCCUACAGAUACAGCCCAUGUCCUACAGAUACAGCUCAUGUCCUAUAGAUACAGCUCAUGCCCUACAGAUACAGCCCCGUUAAGUUCACAGGGCUUUUUGUCCACAAUAUCAUAAAAAUCUUUGUGUUAUUUUGAGAUUACAAGAAAACAACUUUUUGUUAUGUGGAGAGUACAAGUAAACAACUUUUUGUUAUGUGGAGAUUAUAAGUAAACAACUUUUUGUUAUGUGGCGAUUAUAAGUAAACAACUUUUUGUUAUGUGGAGAUCAGGAGGCAACACAAUGGUGACACAAUGGUUCAAGAAUGAGGAAGUGGGAGUGAGGCUUGGGAUGAGGCAACUUUACUCAAAACUUUACUUUCGCUUUCCUGAGUUUUAAAUUAUAAACACACUCUGUGCCGAUUGGCUCUCUCUCACUCUGGGCUUUCCCGGGGGACAACCGAAAGCGCAAAGAAACACAGACUGCGUCCGCAUAUCCCUACUUCCCUACUUCACAUAGGCGAAAAGGAGUACGCCAAAGGAGUAGUAUGUCUGAAUUCUCAGUAUUCAUAAAACAGUAGGUGAGAAAUCUCCGGAUGACCUACUGCUUCCUCCUCGAUUUUACAGUAUGGAACGGCUGGACACUGUGGAUAUUUACUAUCCCAUAAUGCAAUGGGACUGGCACGGAAGACCUGUCCGAAUCCGUGCCGCAUAGUACAUCCCGAUUGUAUUCAUGCUUGCCACUUAUAUUGAUCAGUAUGUACUGUAUCAACAGCCAAGCAGUAGGUACUUUCACAGUAUGCGAUUUCGGAUGCAGCCACAAAAAAAUUCAACUUACACUAAUUACACGCAGGUGAGAAUCAUCGUGCAUUACCUGCUAGUUCAACCUGUCUCCUUUCUGCCCACAGCCGAUGCUCGACCAUGCCCCCAAUGCCACAAACAACGUUGAUGUCCAUAUCAUGAGAAAACAAUGUCGAGGUCUAUUUUAGAUUCCACUGAACUGUGGAGUAUGAGGACACAAUGAAGCGGCGCUCGGUCGAUCAGGAAACAGCAUUUGGGUCUCUUCGGCGGCCCAGAGGUGCGGAAAGCUUUCAUCACCGUGUCGUUUCUGCUGCAUCUUCCAUCUACUCUCAGGUCCCUCAGAAUUUUCAGGUGCCCUUGGCUCAGAGCUCUGGAGGACAUGGACACAGUGACAGUCCUGCAGUGCACGCUGGCGCACAUCAUCACAGCCCCGUGGUCCAGCCUACAGGAGCUGCCGUAGGUCAGGGUCACUCUCAUGCCCCGCCUUCUUCUGCUCCAACACUAGGCCAGCAGCAGUUCCAGAGGCUUAAGGUGGAAGACGCUCUUUCCUACCUUGAUCAAGUGAAGCUCCAAUUCAGAAAUCAGCCGCAAGUUUAUAACGAUUUCCUGGAUAUAAUGAAAGAGUUCAAAUCUCAAAGCAUCGAUACACGAGGCGUGAUUAACAGAGUGUCACAGCUAUUUAAGGCCCAUCCAGACCUCAUCAUGGGCUUCAAUAAAUUCCUGCCCCCCGGCUACAAGAUAGAACAUCCAUACACCAGGCGUGGUUAACAGAGCGUCGCAGCUAUUUAAGGGUCAUCCUUACAACAUGUUGAAUGCAACGACCCCAGGCCAGAUCCAUCCCAUCACGCCACAUUGUGAUUCAGUACAGAACAUCCCCAUAACGCAGCAGGCUCAGCACCAUACCAUAAGGCUGCUAAAACAUAGUCAUGAAAUGUAAAUUGAAAUACAAUAUAAAGAUUCUUUGUAUAGACCUAUUUCCUGUUUUUUAUGUAUUUGAUUAUUUAUUACCUAUAUGGAAUCAGGGCUUGUGUUUUGUGUCAAUGGUUGCAAUCUGCAAGUGAGUGGUUCUAAGUCACUUGUGUGUUUGUGAAAUAAAUAGCAAAAUCUGUUCACUUUACAAAUUUUCUUAUGAAGCGACUAAAGACUCAGAGUACUGAGUACUUGAAUGUCCGUGUAGUAAUACCAUCAGAAUUUGCUAUCUGUAUGGGUUUCUGCUUGGUUCUUUGGUUUUCUUCCAAUGUGUUACUGUAUGAGGCCCUGUAAUGGACUUGGUUGUAUUCCUGCAUGACGGGAAAGGCUCCAGAUCCACCACGACUCUGACCAGGACAAAGCGCUUACUGAAAAUGAAUGAUGACCUGGGGUGUCUGAAGGUAUUAUUUAUUGUUACGGGAGUAAUUUGUUAUUGUAUCUAAAUUUUGGGCAUUGUUAAUGGAGCACUGUAUUGUACUAGAUCUUACUCCAAUUUGGUUGUCUCUGUGUUCUUUCUACAAAUAUUUUGCACAUAAUCUUUCAUUUAUCUAUGAUGCGACCAAAGACGAAGCGACUGAUUAUAAUAAAAAAAUAUAUAUAUUUAAACAAAUAAAGAAAUAAACCAACUUUAAAACUGA